UGCUUAUCUGCCGCUGCUACUGUGCCCAGUUACUGCUGGUUGAGGUGGGGUUGCGUGCGCGCGGCCAGUGUGCUCUAGUGUGUGCGCGCCCGUCAGGAGAGUGGUAGUGUGGUGAGGACACAGGGCGACCGUGGCUGACGAGGGUCCCGCGCAGGCGAUGAAGGUCUUCGUCGUUUUCGUCGUCCUAUGCGGCGGCGCAGGAGUCUUCGCUAGACCUAAACCCUGGUGUGGGAUUCAGAUUGAGGGACACGUCGUCAAGAAUGGCGUCUGCACCUUCACCUUCUCCUUUGGUGGUUGCGCGGGCCUGCUACAGCUGCAGGAGGAAGAGGAGGGAGCCAGCGGGUCAUGGCGUCUAAAUAAGUCACUGGUGAGCAGCAGUGUAGUACAGCGACCUCUCGACACCACCAACUCUCUCCUGGAUCUUCAAUUCAGCUUCCACCACCAAGGAAAGUCAGUGGUGGCGCUGAACGGGGUGACCACAUCAGGCAGACAGCAGUGUGUGACGGUUACCUACGCCAGACUUCCCGACAGGCAGGUGGGGACGGCUCUCCUGCUGGGGAACCUUCCUCUGCCCCACGGGACCUACAACACCACCCUCUUCACCGGGGACCCGCUCCUCGACGCCUACCCCAUGGCAGUCAUUAGGAUGGGGCCGACGCGCCGUAUUCUCCUGCACACAACAGGUGGAGCGGUGUUGCCAACGGUGGCCCCAAGAGGCUUCCCGUGGGAGGCGGGGAAGAGCCGCAAGAGACGUGUGGGGGGGACGGACCUGGUGCUGGAGGCUGCCGAAGACACGCCCUCGGCCUCUUGCCGCUGCUGCUACGACUGCUACACCCACUCCUUCACCUACUACAACGACUCCGGCCUCUUGCAGCUUUCCUACACUGUCAACGCCUCCUGUGGCCACAUCUGUUAUGAUGUGAAGAUCAAGCUGUUGAAGAUCCCGAGCAUCGGCACUGCAGGCCAAUGUGCGGCUCUCGACACUCAUCACAUGCACAGCAAGAACCUCUUCCCCAUCACAGCCAGGGAGCCCAGGAAUGUUAGCGAGAGCCCCACCCACUACCACAACGUAGGCACCGGCUGCUACCGAUAUGAGAUCAUUCCCCUGGUGUACCCCUUGCCGUUUGGACCUGAGGCCAUCUGGCUCCAGCCGGCCGUCAACAUCACCGACAUGAACAAGUGGAACACUACCUUCUACUUGGAGCCCAGGGCUGAGUACCGGAGUUUGUCAGUGCGGUGGACGGAGAAGCAGCCGUACAACUUCUCCCACUACAAGCUGGAGCUGUGGUACAACCGCCGCCACAAGAUCACUUGUGUAGGCAACAACAUUGACAACAAUAUCACCCUUAUUCCAAGGAACAAGGAAUUAAUAAUAUCCAGCCCUGACCACACCUUCCACAACCUCACCAGUGGCUACUACUGUGCCAGGGUCAUGCCCAUUGAUGACCGCUGCGACAUUGAUGGCUGUACUCCACUCUCCAGCCACACCAGGCAGCUCUUGGAUCUGGAGGAAGCAGUGGAGGAGGAGAGCGCGCCCAGCGUGGUGCCCGUGGUGGUGGGGGCGGCUGUGGUCGUCAUGCUGGCCGGUAUUGUCGUCGCCUGCUGUGUUCUCUCUCGGUGUCAAGUUAUCCGAGAGUUUAACAUCUACACCAUAGUGAGACAGCUGCCGAGGCUGGGCGACCGUCAGGUGAAGGUGUUGCUGGUGUGGACGCCCUACGGGCCCCUCGGGGCAGAGUUUGUCCCCGUCAUUGCUGCCUUCAAGAAGAUCCUAAAGUCCUACUGCCGGUGCCAGGUGUAUGACUACCUGGACCUUCCUUCCCUGCCCGACGACCACCUCCAACACCUGUUGACCUCUCCCACCUCCUGGAUUGAUACACUGUUGGCUGAUCCCACAGUCAAGAUCAUUGUGGUGGGGAGCGAAGGAGCGAAGCUGAGACAAGCAGAAGGGAUGCUUCUGCCAGCUGAGGACCCUAGCAGUGCAGUCCUUCCCGAGGACGCCGACCCUCAUGACAGCUUCCUCUUCCCAUUCCUGCUACGUCGUCUACAAGACAGACCUCAGCUCGCCGGCGACUACUCCAGAAUAUUCCACGUAAGAUUCUCGGUUGUGAGUGACAAGACAGCCGAGCUUGAUGGCAUUGUUUCCUUCACGAGGUACCGUCUCCCAGAACACCUGAGGAGUCUAACUCUGUCCUUACAUGGGAGGCCGGAAGGGUGCCACAUAGACGAGCCCUCGCCAGAAAUGCUUCGGGAUCUCAACAGAGCGCUUGCUGCCCAUCCUCUCAGUAGGGACCAAAAUGGCCACAGCGGGUCAGACUCCUUUCUCGACAUCAACCAUAAACACAAUGGUUCCAUAAACUCCAGCCAUGCACACAAUGGUAACGCAGUGUCCAGCGAUGCACACAAUGGUACCACAGUGUCCAGCGAUGCACACAAUGGUACCGUAGUGUCCAGCCAUGCACACAAUGGUACUGCAGUGUCCAACCAUGCAUACAAUGGAAUGACAGUCUCCAGAAAUGCAUCAAGUGUAAUUAGACUCCAGCCAUUAAGCACACAGUUACCCAAAUUAUAGAAGUUCCUUAAAGUUUCAUUCAUCAAUGAGAUUACAGCUAUAAAGAUCAUAGUACCACAACAACUAGCCAUGCAUAGAGCACCACCACAGGCUCCACUCAUACAUACAGUGGUACCAUGAGGCUCCAUCCAUACAAUGGUACCACAAAGCUCCACCAUACACAAAAGAGUACCACAGAACCAAACACACCACCACAACAUACUCCAGCCACACGGAGACUUGCACAAGAGACAUCAUCUGGACAUUACACAUCUCACCCAAGAACUGCCUGUAAUGAACUGCCUGUAACAGGCAAGUUCAUAUGUGCAGUAUUUCAGUCACAGCUAUUCAGUGCCUGUGACUUGCCCUUGUGUAUGUUAUUGAGACUUUUGGUAUAAUUUGUCGAGAAUGUCUCAUUGUUCAGUUUGUAUUGAUGAGUACAGUAGUUAUGUUAAAUGGUUAGUGUAAAUGGUCUCUUCGUAGACUUUUCUUACAUGGUUGGUGUACAUGUGGUAACAUUGUGUAUAUAUUUUGAGUUUCUGAUUAUAAUAGGAGCAUUAAUAACAUAAAGUACUUGAAGAGAGUCUUAUGGCCGAGAGAAAAGCAGUUGUGUCAUGACCACAUUACCCGACGGAUGAAUGAUCAGUGUCUGGAUAAUGUGUUAUUCUCCGCAAUAUCUGACGGAUGAUGGACCAGUGUACUGAUAAUCCAACAUGAACAUUUUCUGAAACACUGUUAUAUCAUUAUAUUUUGUUUCAUUAUUUAUUGACCAUUUGAUGAAAUCUAUUGUAGUCACAGUUUAUUAAUGUAUAUACAUGAGCUAUCCAGCCAGAGGAUAUUUUAUUCAUCUGUCACAUACAGUAGUUUAAGUUUUGUACCCAAUGUAAUAGUUUUGUACAUUUGUUGCUACUUUGUACACCUUUAUUAUUGAUGCUGAAACAUUGUUAUAUCAUUA